AUGGUACCCCGACCGGACUUCAGAGCAUCGGACCAGACAGUCCUGAAGCCACCCAGCGACCAAACCCUGCGCUUUAAAGAAGAUGGCACAUUUCAGAUUACAGUUUUCGAGGACUUACAUUUCGCCGAGGAUGCAGAGAAAGAUAAGAAGACCCAGGGUGUGAUGUCAUACAUCCUGGACAAGGAGAACCCCGACUUUGUAGUCAUAAAUGGCGACCUGGUAUCCGGCGAAUGGACUCAUAAAGCCGAUUCUAGCCGGUUCAUCCACGAGGUCGUUUCCCCCCUUGUUGAUGGCGGGUAUCGCUGGGGAUCGACCUACGGCAACCACGACAGCGAGAUCAACCUCAAUCCCAAAGAGGACAUGUUCAAGGCCGAGCAUGAAUACUCCAAUAGUCUGACUCAAAGUCGUGUUUCGGGUGAUAGAGCCGGAAUCACGAAUUAUUAUUUGCCGGUUUACCCCCAUUCAGAGACGAAUACAGAGUCCAGUGCGCCCGCGCUGCUGCUCUGGUUCUUUGAUUCGAAGGGCGGACAUUAUUAUAAGCCCGAAGGGGAGGGCGGCCCUUCUGUAAAGAGGCCUAGUUGGAUUGAUAAAUCGGUCGUGGACUGGUUUACAAAAACCAACGCCAAACUGAGCAAAAAGCAUGGAAAGCCCAUUCCCUCGUUGGCAUUCUACCAUAUCCCCGCCCAUGCCAUGCUCGAGUAUCAACAGGUAAAGGGUAUCGACCCGCACCUCACGCCGGGUGUUGAUGGUGAGCGCGUCAACCCGCAAGGAACUGGCGACUGGAGCUACGAAGGACAGGAUCUUGACUUCAUGCAUGCGCUGCUGCGCACUGAAGGGCUGAUCGCGGGGUUCAGUGGACACGAUCAUCUGAAUGAUUGGUGUUUCAAAUGGGACGGAUCCCUGGUUGAUCAAGAUCUCACCGGAAACGGGAUCAACAUGUGCUACGGUCGGCACACGGGGUAUGGGGGGUACGGGGAUCUGACGCGCGGUGGAAGACAGAUCUUGUUGCACGAAGGUAAUCUGAAAGAAGAUACGGAGACUUGGAUUCGAUUGGAGGAUGGGUCUGCCCAGGCACAUGUCACACUGAAUACGACUUAUGGACAGGAUUCUUAUCUUGCUCUUGCGAGUGAUGUUGGGAAUAUCGGGGCCCAGACGGAGACUUCUUUGCUUCCUUUCUCUUGGAUCUGGGUUCCGAUUAUGAUGUUGUGGCGGUGGAAGAUGUGA